UUAAAUGAAUUUCAAUUUUAUUGGGCGGUGGAAGGUGUAGUCGCGUGAUUCGAGACUACGUAAAAACUAAAAAGAGAUACGGUCGCGACGAGCCAAUAUAAACAAUCAAACGUGAUACACAAUGUAAUCAGCCGUUAUCAAAUCCGUAUCAAAUAAUAAUACGAGUUCUCUCGGUUACCUUAGUUGAGUUUACGUAUUUAUAGAUAUUUCGGAAAGCGGCCUAGUAAUACAAGGGCGACACAGAGUUGGCCAUGAGAAUUUUCAUAGUUCUGUGCGUUUUUCUUUUCGCAAGGGCGGACAAUGCGGACUCCGACCUCACCGAGCCGCCCCCGCCGGCGGACGUGACCGCCCCCGCGACGAAACCGCCCCCGAUUUGGGUACCGAACGAGUUUCCCCGCGGCGACUUCUACAACGGUAUCAAAAUUCGGGAGGGCGACCUGGAGGAAACGCGAAAAUCUACGGGAGGCUUCGAGCUAUCCGAUCUCCUUCGGAACGACCUUAAAGAAAAAGAAUCCGGCACCCUGUCGGCGACGUACGCCACUGUCGCGUUCGGGGACCCGAUCGACGACGACACCGAGCCGAUCGAUAACGGCGAAAAUACCGAAGAAAGGAGACGCUUGAAGGAGGAAAUCGUGGUGGAGGAGUUCAAGACCCUCGUGGCGGUCGAUCCGAUGGAAAGGGGUGGCUGGUUGGCGGGCACCUUGGUGGCGUUUCUCGUGGUCGGCUCGGCGGUCGCCUACCUCGGCUUGUUGUCGUGGCGACGGUAUCUCGAGUACAAGUACGGCAGCAGGCAGGUGUUGGUGAACGAGGAAGACUUCGAGGAUCCGAACGACAUACGCCAUUUUUCGAUUUAACUAACGAAAACGGCAACCGUGGGGUCGCGUUCCCAACAGGCAGUCUCGUAAACUAGGAAAAAUUUGUUAAAUUUUGUAAUAAAAUAUUUAGUCACG